AUGUUACUUGGAUAUUUUAUAGCAGAAAUCAAAAAUGAAAAAGGUGAUGAUUAUAAACCAAAUACAUUGUAUGAAAUCAUUAUUUCGAUCCAGUAUUAUAUGCGACAGAAUGGUCGUUUUCUUUCUAUGAUGGAUGAUGGUGAUUUUCGUGGAAUGAAGGUUGUUUUGUAUGCAAAAAUGAAAGAUUUGAACCGUCAGGGAAAAUGUGUACAGAGGCGACAGGUCGAUAUUAUAAAUGAGAAACACGAAAACAUGAUGUGGAAUAAUGGGAUUCUUGGAAGCAACAGUCCACAACAACUAUUGGAUACCCUAGUCUUUCAACUCGGUCUCCAUUUUGCCUUAAGAGCUGGGCAGGAACAUCGUAAUCUUCGUACGGGUGCAUUGUCUCAACUGACAGUCAAACUAGAUAAUCAGGACCUUAAAUAUUUAGACUAUCACGAGGAUGUUUCAAAGACAAAUGAAGGAGGAUUACAACAUCGAAAAAUGACACCGAAAAUAACCAGAGCAUAUGAAAACAAAGAAUACCCUGAGAGAUGUCCAGUGAAAAUGUAUGAAAAAUAUAUGAGCUUGAGGCCUAAAAAUGGUAAAGUGACGCGUUCUAUUUGA